CAUGCAGACGAAAACAGCGGCACGCUAUUUUGAUGUGUUCUUAAUUUUUGGUGUGGCCUUCUAUGCCCAUUUGAUCUCGGCUAAAGACAGUUUCACGGAGGAGCUCUAUGUCAAGCCUCUACCUCACGGACAUGUAUAUUUCCAGUUUCACUUCUCAACGAAAUGGGAAGCUGAUAUCGGCUCCCCGGAAACAUUCCAACAUUAUAGAUUGUUCCCCAAAUCCUUGGGUGAGCUGAUCUCGGCAUACAAUGUACAGGAGCUCCAUCUCAGCUUGACACAAGGCCUGUGGAGGUAUGAGAAGUGGGGAUACCCAAAGGAGGAUGCCCCUCCUGGGGCAGAACUCUGGGUGUGGUUCCAAAAUAACACUCAGGAUGUGGACAAGACCUGGAGUGAACUGAACAAUGCCCUGUCUGGCCUGUUUUGUGCCACUCUAAACUUCAUGGACAAUAAAUCUACGACAAGUCCCAGGUGGAGUUUCCGACCAACAGGGCUGGCCACGAAGGAGUACGCCAGGGAAUCUGGUUUCCUCAGGUAUUCAGCCCUGCCCAGAGAAAUUGCCUGUACAGAGAACCUCACACCAUGGAAAAAACUGCUACCCUGUGAUUCAAAGGUUGGAUUGUCUACCUUGUUCAACACAGUGAAGCUGUAUGAUGCUAACUACCACAGUCUCAGUGUUCAUAUCCGGCCAGUAUGCUCAGAUGCUGAUUGUACUAGGCCAGGUAUAGAACUGACACAGAACCUGGCCCUGGUAUUUGAUGUACCAAGAAUCUCUUCAGGAUCUGCAAGCUGGAGUCUGAAGAAGCUGUUUAGCAGUGGACUCACCACUCAGUGUCCCCUCUCUGACAUGAGCAAGGUCUAUGUUGAUGUCACUGACAUGGAGAGUAAGGAAUCCCCAUUCCAGCUGCUGCCCGUGUCUGACUCGACUGAUGUAAGAUCUGGCCACACUGGGGACGUCCCCUAUGCUGUGUACGAUGUAGGUCUUCAGACGCGAGACGGACGCCAGUUCAACCUGGAGCUUAUGUACAGCAGUCAGUUUGGCCACAGCACUGUCAGACCCCCUCCACUCUACGCUCAUCGCUACAUUACAGGACAUGGUUUAGAGAAGGGAGGAGUCACAUGUCACCUGUACAACAGCUUACCUGAGGAUUUGAUGAUUGUUUACUUGGAGACACUCCCCUGGUACAUGAGGAUGUACUACAACACAUUGAGGAUAGAGACUAAUGGUACCAUGACAGUCAGACCCAAGCAUGUUCACUACGUCCCAGGGAAGGACAGAGAGAGACUCUACACUCUGGAACUUGUCCUCCACCUACAGGCCUACUCCAUCACAUCUGUCAGAUUUCAGUUUGACCGUGCCUUUCUCAAAUGGACAGAGUACCCACCAGAUGCCAACCAUGGGUUCUAUGUUAACUCUGCUGUGAUCAGUGUUAAACUCCCAACCAAAAACCUGGAUAAAAGUGAUGACCCUAACGCUGGGUUCCUCAGGCUUCACACAGAGAGCCUCCUGCUGCAGUUGCCUACCCCUGACUUCAGCAUGCCUUACAACGUCAUCUGUUUAGCGUGUACUGUCGUGGCCAUAGCAUUUGGCUCUCUCCACAACUUGACAACUCGCCGAUUCCAGCUCGUCGACCCGAGCAAGAAGAAAGGACUCAAGGAGAAAAUAAAGUCUUUUUUGCAGCGUGUUUUCAAACAAAAGCCCAAGGAAGGAAGUGUGGAGGUCAGUGAUACUACUAAAGAAAGCUCAGAAGACAAAUCUGGUGGAGAAAAGAUGAAAAAAAAGUCUAAAGACUCUCUGGAACAAGAGGAACAAUUGGAUAAAAAAGUGCUAUGAUGUUUUAGCUUUUAGAACGUUUUGUAUGAAGAGCAGCAGUUUUCAUGCAUUUUUAUGGAUCCUAUGUAAUUCAUGUCUACAGCAAUAAUGUAAGAGAUCUGCAGAAAUAUGACAGGAUGGUAAAUAAUGGACAUGGAAUACCCCGACAGAGUCUACAUGGGUGCUAACAACGAACUCUAAGCUCUAAUGACUCUUAAGCUUGACCAGUUUGUUUAAUUUCAUAGGCCACAGCAAACAUGCCCCACCCGCACUCAAAUUUCAAAGAGGAUGUUAAGCAGUGGCUGACACUCUUGUAGCCAUUUGGACAGUCUAACGUUUGUUGAAGACCCCCAAUGUGCACAUCGGUAUGUCACAUGGGAAAAUUUGUCAUUUACAUGACUCAGGUUUCGUGCUUUAGCACGGGCUAUCCAGUUUCCCCUGGGCACUCUGGUUUCCUUGGGGCUUUUCAGUUUCCUCUGGGCACUCUGGUUUCCUCCACCCAUAAAACUGACUGUUUUUAUACAAGUGUAAAAUUCUUGAGCAUGGUAUCAAAGAACAAUUAAACAAGUAUUAAGCAAUCUGGUUAUCCAGAUGUCUCAGUAAGAGCAAGAAGUACCCUAUAACGUUGCUCUUUCUCUUGAACAUAAUCAAGUUAAAUACGUGUAGUUUUAGAUAAACAGAAACUUUGCAGACAAUAUUAGUUACAUUGUUACUCAGUGAUAGGAUAGGAAAUGUAUGGGUGAGGUGUCGGCCAAGCUUAGUAUGAGAGUUACUGACACCAUAUAUAUAAUUAUCAGUAUCCUCUCAUUGAGUAACCAUAUAACGAAUUUACCCGGCAGAAGACCCACUAAUUCAGAACAAAACACCGAUGUACAGACGAAGCCCUUCAAUGAUAUGACAAUUGUUUUCACAAACAAAGGGAGAUAAACUGGUCAAAAGACACAUAUGACACCGGCUGCAGAAUAAGGCAAUAUGCAUGUGACUGGUGUUGUUCAAUAUUCUGUCUGAUGUGGGAUAAUAUCAGAAAGUUACUCAAAUGCUUAAUGAAUAUUUGCAGUUUUGUUCAGGUCACAAGUAUUUGAUAUUGUAUAUAUGCUAUGCCUAAGAGGUCUUGUUGUAAAUCUUCUACAGCUGCGUUCACACCACAGAAUUCGUUACAUGGACUGUAGAAUUCAACAAACUGCAACACAUUUGCUCUCAAGCGAUUGUAGGCAAAGGGUGCAAAUCAUAUGAUAUGGAGCCUGGCGUGUUUUCGUUUCACUUGGCGUAUUUGACAAAACCACAAAUCACACCGUGUGAACGUGACAUACUUUCGUAUGCAUAUAUAAUCAUAUACCCUUGCAUGUAACCUAAGGUUGGCUGUGAAUGUCUCUGAUGUUUAUCUAUGUCUGUAUGAGAGAAUGUGUGACUGAAUGUUCAUUUAUGUGUAUUUUAGGUACACUCGAAAGUACUAGGGGUGUUCAGUGUACAUCUUAUGCCCCUUGUAUGUUUUGUAUCUGAACUACUUAUAAUGAAAUCUGGUAUAAUUCUGGACAUUGUAUUUGCUCGUGUCUGAUAAGUGCUACUUCAUAUUCAACAGCAUGGAACGUGACAUGAACACAUUUGGCUGUAGAUACAGUACCAAAGCUGUCGUACUGACCUUGAAAGGUGGCGGUAAACAUGACUUUGUUGAAAA